UGUGUGUACAGAUUGGGGGAGUGGUUACGGCGGCAUGUAUUGUGUGUGUGUGGCGUCGCAGACGGGUUGUUGGAUCCAGAGUUAUCACAGGGGUGGUGGAGUGGUUGUCGAAGUGCUCUGGGGUUUUCAGAGGAUAGGUGUAUUGUGAGUGAUGUUCUUGGUCCUGAAUUGGAUGUGUUCUGUAUCGAUGGACGUUGCUCUGGGAGGUUGGGAGGGCAUGGAUGCAACGAAUGACGGGACGACGGACAGGAUGAUGUGUAAUUCGGUAAAGGUCUCGAGAAAGUAGAUUUUGAGGCAAGUAGUCGUGCGUGGAGACGGGUUCCCUUCGAAUCUUUUGUAGCCAAUUUCACAUUGUGCUCGGGGUAGUGUUUCAACUCCGCCUUGUGGCUGGUCGAACGAGGGUAGCUGUAGGAGCGGGUUCGAGGGUGAUGAAGCCAGGGGGUUCUUCGCGUGACUUCCGAAAGUAGGAAUAUUUUCUUUGAAAUGCGCGUGCGAGAGGUGUUCGCUGAAGUAAUAGUUUGAGGAGCACACAAACAACCAGCGUAGCGAUUCGAUGACCUGGGCUAUGGCUGAUAUGCGUUUAGCAGUGUUGAGAUAUAGUUUCUAGGUCAUAACCGCGAGGUGUUUUUAUGGUGUACACGUUUCCGCUGCUAAUGGCUUCACUCAAAUGUGCAACGCUGAUGUUGAGGCAGCAUGCAUGACGGCAGAGGAGGUUUCGAUCAGAGCUUUUGUGAGAGCUUCUCAGUGCGUUGUUCGAAAACCAGUUGAUGGAAUGGGCACACUCUACGCCCAGCCGAAGUUUAGCGCCCUCGACGGUGCCUACCAUGGGUUCUACCUCAGCAAAGGAAACGGUGAAGAUUCACCCCAGCGAGCCGAGUGGAUAGGAGAUGAUGACUUUGGUAUGCAUGCCAAUGCGGUGCCGCAGAUCUUACCCUCUUAUCGAACCGCGGCAUCAGUCUUCGUACAGUCACUUUCGCCCAAGACCAAAAGAAGACGCACAUCAAGUAAAAUAGAGGACUCUAACUUUUUAGUUGCAGUUUCGGAGCUCGAUCAAGUGGACCGUAUAAACGACUUGCCAGAUGAAUGCUUGCAGGAAAUCUUUGGUUUCUUACCCAAGGUAGAAGAUCGAUGUGCUGCUGCUUCUGUCUGCAUGCGGUGGUUGAUGCUACAGUCUCGGAUGCGACGAGGGGACUUCAAGAUUCAGCCUAAUAUUGUGUGCAAAGGAGGGUGCACCCGAAAGGAUUCAUGUCCCGCCAAAAAUAGUACGAAACCAGCGGCAGAGAAAGGCCUGAAUAUAGUGGAGGAGUUUUCUGAUGUAACAAAGGUUCGCUUUGAUGCGGUUCCCAAUGAUAACAUAUUGGGAGCCACAGAUGAAGUGCAUAUGUGGGGUAAUGAAGUAGACAUGGUGAUAAACGAGGAACCGCGGGUACAGAGGCAGCCGCAAUGGGCAUCUGGUGAACUUUCUCGCGCUUUGGAAGGCAGAGAGGUUACCGACGUAAAGCUUGCUCUUGUGGCGAUUGGAGAACUUGCACGUGGGGGUCUUGCAGCUUUGAAAAUCACAGGAGGGCCUGCUCGUGUCGGCAAAGGUGUUACCGACAGCGGCCUCAUAGCUAUAGGAAACUGCUGUGCUGCGCUUCGGUCUCUCACCUUGUGGGGUUGCGACAACAUCACAGAUUUUGGCUUGGCAGCGAUUGGGAGUGGUUGUCGGUUGCUGCAGAAACUAGAUAUAAUGAAGUGUCCAAUGGUUGGAGAUCGAGGUUUGCAAGAAAUCGCGAGGGGUUGUCCUUUGCUUUCCACGGUCAGUAUAGACUCGUGUUCCAACGUUGGGGAUGCUAGUUUGAAGGCUUUGGGUACGUGGAGUGCAUCGUUGACCUCUUUUUCUGUCACUAGCUGUUCAAUGGUAGGUAGUGCUGGCAUCAGCGCGGUUGCUUUGGGGUGCAACAAGCUGAAGAAAUUGAAGCUGGAAAAAGUGCGAUUGAGCAACAAAGGACUCAUUGCGAUGGGAGAGAACUGUAAAUCUGUUACGAGUAUGAAGCUCGCAAACCUUGGCUGGUGUACUGAAGAGGGGUUUAUCGGGUUUUUUGAGGGAUCUGGUUUGAAACGGUUGAAGUCUCUGCUUAUAACCGCUUGCCCGGGAAUGACCGACGUAUCUCUGGAGGUGGUUGGAAAAGUCUGCCAAGAUUUGAAGCUGUGUGUUCUGUCACAGUGCCAGUCGGUCACAGAUAAAGGCUUGCAAUCCUUUUUGCAGUGCUGUGUCUGUCUAGAUAGUCUUCAGCUGGAGAGAUGUCAUGCAAUUACGAACGGUGGUGUGUUGACAGCCCUUGUCCAGGGCAAGGGAAAUCUAAGAACAUUGAACCUUUCAAAGUGCCACGGUCUCUGGAACGAGGAGAAAAGAGCUAAUGAGGUGUCUCUCGAAUGCCUUUCCCUGAAAACUCUAAACGUCACAGGGUGCAAGAACGUAGGGGUUGAGCCUGUUGUGAAGAUGUGUCUCAGAUGUCCUUUGCUGGAGAAUUUGGAUCUGAGUCAAAUGGUCGACCUUAACGAUGAAGCAAUCAUCUCUGUGAUAGAAGGUUGUGGAGAACACCUUGUGAGUCUCAAUCUCACCAACUGUAAAAACAUCACAGAUGUGGUUGUUGCCGCAAUUGCUUCUCAUUGUGGGGAUCUCGAGCGUUUGAUCCUGGAUGGAUGCUAUCAGGUAGGAGACAGCGGCCUCCAGAUGUUGGCCGCAGCUUGCCCUUCACUGAAAGAGCUGGAUCUGUCUGGAACUUCUAUAACAGAUUCUGGUUUACGAUCGUUGGUUAUUUCGCGGGGACUGUGGCUUCAGGGCCUCACUCUUACUGGAUGCAUCAAUCUGACGGAUGAGAGCCUGUCUUUGAUCGAGGAUUACUGCCCUUCACUCGGAGCACUCAACCUGCGAAAUUGUCCUCUUCUUUCUAGAGAGGGGUUGAGUGCUCUCGAGUCCCAGCUGUGGUCUUGCGAUGACUUCGUAAGCUCUUUGCAGCUUAUGUGAUGGCUGUCCUCCAGGGCAACACUUCAGCUGGAAGCACACAACGUCAACAUUGUAGGUGUCGAUUGUUGCAUUUUCGAACUUUUUUGCGGCACAAAAUGUUUUUGCGGUUUUCUUGUUGAAGAUAGUACCGACCGGCGGAUAAGCCAAUAAUUGCGGUUGUAUUUUCCAUUUUAGUGGGGUUUCGAUGGUUUUUAUAUGUUGUUACUUGAACAAAGGGGAGCAUGGAAGGAAAGUGCCGGAUGAUUUGCCGGGAACCUGAUACCGAACGGUACUCAAGUACAGAAGUGAUGCUGGCGUGGAGCCAAACAAUGUGUGCACCUGAGGUCCACUACUGCUAUUUUUGCAGGCAUACAUCUCUAUGAUGAUGUCUGUUGUGUUACAGGAGCAGUCUUGCAUCUAAAAUGCAUGUUUUUACGUGGCCUCAGCGAGCUGCCAGUUCUUCCUCAUCUUACCUUCUUGGUAGAGUAGAGAGGAAUUUUUUCUUGUUCCUAUGGCAAUUAGAUAGCACAGCUUCUUCGUGUGUAUCAAAAAAUUAUGGGAGAUAUUAGUAGCCGUGAGUUAGUGUAUGUCUAGGGAACGUGAGCGGAAGCUCACCAUUGCAUUAUAUUUGCUCUCUCUCCUACGAGCAUGUUUCGGGAUCUCCUGACCCAACUGCAAGUUAUUUUUUUUGUGUUCCGAAGUGUGAGAGCUCUAGAACUGAAUAGAAUAGAAUUAUGUGUGUAAUCACCAAGAAGUUUUUAAUAUUGUGAUGAUGAUGAUGAUGAUGAUGACGACGAUGACGAUAACGACCCUAAGGACAUCUACCGCUAGAAUGUACUUA